UUCACUUCCGGAGCUUGCGAACAAAAUAGAAUCGCUAAGGCAAAGAAAACCCUGCGAGUGGCGAGUGUUUUAAGAUCACACUCAAAAACAACAUCCAAAGUGGUUAGUGGCAGUUGAGAGAGUGCCCAAGACCCCGAAUACCAGCCGGGCAGACACGAACAACACCAGCAGCAGCAGCACCACCAUCAUCAACAGCAGCAGCAGCAUUUCCCGCUUUUCGUUUUCGUCGUCGCCGAACAACAAAUAACAAAACCACGACAAACGAUGGCUGAUGCCGCGGAGAGUAAGCCACUGGCCGCCGAACAGCAGCAGGCGCAGCAGCAGCCGGAGCAGCAGCAGAAUCCGCCGAAUCCGCAGGAGCAGGAUCACGAGCAGGAGCCGCUGGACGAGCUGCAGGGACAGCAGGGCCAGCCCGCUCCGCCCACCAAGGAAGUCAUCGCCACCAAAGUCACCGGCACCGUCAAGUGGUUCAACGUGAAGAGCGGCUACGGCUUCAUCAACCGCAACGACACCAGAGAGGAUGUCUUUGUGCACCAGAGCGCCAUUGCGCGGAACAACCCCAAAAAGGCGGUCCGCUCGGUGGGCGACGGUGAGGUCGUUGAGUUCGACGUGGUCAUUGGUGAGAAGGGCAACGAGGCGGCCAACGUGACCGGUCCCUCCGGUGAGCCGGUGCGGGGCAGUCAGUUUGCAGCGGACAAGCGCCGUAACUUCCGUCCCUGGAUGAAGAAGAAUCGCCGCAAGGAUGGCGAAGUGGAAGGCGAAGACGCCGAAUCGUCGGCCCAGCAGCAACAGCAGCAGGCGGCACCAAUCGUUGACGGGCAGCCGCAGCAGCAGGUGCAGUCCGGCCCGCGUCAACCACGACAGAACUUCCGCCGAGGACCACCCGGUGGACCGCCCGGAGGACCUCGAGGUGGCCCCCGAGGACCGCCUGGUGGAGCUCCCGGUGGCCCCCGGCGCUACAACAACUAUUAUCUGCGUCAGCCGAGACGCGGCCUGGGCGGCGGUGACGGCAGCGCCGAGCCCGGUGUCCACGAUCAGAAUCCCGAGGGUCUGCAGCGCGGCGAGGGUCAGGGACCACGUCGCGGUGGAGGCCCACCGGGCGGACCCCAGAGGCGCUUCUUCCGACGCAACUUCAACAAUGGUCCACCGCCACCACGCCGCGACGGCGGAGAAUACAUUCAAGGCCAGGGACCGCCACGCCCACAACAGCCACGUCCACGUCGCCAGAGGAAACCAAAUGGCCCUGGCGGUGGUUCGGAGCAGCAGCCAGAGAAGGUAAUGAACUAAUCACCAGCAUCAUCACAACAGCAGAAACAACUGAAACAUCUUCGCCGAAACAAACCUACGAUAACAACAUCUAAAUUAGUAAACAUCAGCAACAGUCAGUCGCAAGCAUAACAACAAGGUCUACAAUAAUAACAUGGUGAAGGCGUCUUAAAAACUAAACAACUAACUAAAGUGCAUUGUGUAGAUGCAUUCGUAAAUAACCACUAACAACCAGAGCAGCCACACGCACCGACACCAAAAGCAGAGAAACAGCGAUAAAGCGGAGAAACCACCCUAACAUUUAACACUUUACACUUAACUUGGAGGCUUUGGGUCUAACAUAACAUUCUAAUACAUUUAGUUUUUAGUUACCUAACCUGUGACUAAUUGGCUAACAAGCAACACACACACACUUAAUUUACAACCGAAACCAGCAUUUUGCUUUCAUCCCUUCGAUUUAUUUUUGAAGUUGUACUUACGUUAAUGAUUUCUACCCCCCUCGCCAUGUUUUCCCAUGUUCAAAUUCCUAGAACGGCGCUCAAGAGCUGCAAAAUACAACCACAGAGAGCACUGCAUAGAAAAGGAUCCGAAAGGAUCUAAAUCGUCAACCGACAAACAAAAACAUCGUCAGCAGUAGCCGCAGUAUAUAACUACAAUCGCAGAAAAACAGCAGCAGCAGCCCAUCCUCAACAUCAGCGACCAAUGCAACAUCAUGGUGCAAUAAGAUCAGCAAAUGUUGCAGCAAAUUUUGCUAAAUGAGCCGCCGCGUUUUUUCGGUUUGUUUGCUUUUUGUUUAGUUUCGUAGGGCAGAGAAUCAAUUGUACAACUCAUACCACAACAAAACUAACAUCCUCAAAAUUUCAAUCAAAUUCAAAAACAAACAAAAAAUUGUAUAAAAUUUCCAUCAAGCCUGGCCGUCGUCAAAAAAUUGCAUAAUUGUGGAAUUUUUAUUGUAUGAACCAACAAACCAAACACGAAAACAUAAAUAAAUUUCAAUUACACUGCAAUUUAGAUGGCGCCGGUAUACAAUUUACUUUAAUGAUUAUUACCAUUUUUUAUUUAUUUAUUCUUGAAAGCAUUGUUACCCGUUGUGCGUUAAGCAAACCCAUAACUCUAAGUUACUCGAUUUAAAGAUCAUUAAAAACGUAAACCUAUACCAAUAACCACACCACCACUUUGUCCCAUUUAUGCAUCAUCCGAAAUCGAGAACCAUAGCCAUCGGGCGAAAAGAAAUGAAAGCAAAGCAGAGCAAACAAACAGAAGAACGAAAUCAUGUAAAUCACAGCAAACAAACAUACAAAAAAAAACUGUAAAAGAUGCAAAAAUAUACAACAAACGCAAGAUGGCAACAAAGGAAAGUAAAAAAAAAAACUUUAAAAACGUAUUGGAAAAAAUAAAAAAAUUGAAAAAC